AUGAAGGUCACUACGAUUAUCGCAGCUUUCCUGCCCGUUCUGGCUCUUGCCCAGAGCGAUGCCAGCGCGACUACCGUCACCUCCACUGCCACCCAGACCAUGACUGUCACACUCUCUCGCCUUCACACCGAGACCAUGACCUACGCCGGUAACAACACGGCGACGAUCAAGGCCACUGCUUCUACCGGCGGUAGAACUGUCGCUUCUGUGACGGCCGCUGCUCCUGCCGCUACUACUUCCAAGCCCAACGCCGGCACAAAUCUCAACGCUGGCAACAUCGCAUUUGCUGGAAUUGCUGGCAUGAUCGCCGCCGCAUUGUUGUAA